CACAGUCAUUUGACGGGUCGAAUUGUUGAGUUUGUGUGCGAUUCUGCCGAAAAUCAUUCCGCUUUGCUUGUAAUCGAUCAACAGUACGUAAAAUAAUAUCAUUUUUUCUAGUGAUUUUCGUUCCUAAAUGACUGCAUUUCAUCCUUAAAAUGGAGAAUAAACCCGAGCAGCAGUCAAAUUCGGGAGGAUUGCUUCCUCCUCCUCCGCCUCCACCUGAAAUGUUACUGACAAGCGGUGGGCCUCCUAUGUGGCCACCGGGCCUCGGCGGCCCUCCCGCAUCCCUAAUGGGACCUCCCCCAACCGGAAGUGGUGAAUGUGGUCCCCCGGGAGAUGAAUCGAACAAAAAUGUCCCUCCGCCACUGAUGUCGCUCAAUAUUGGGAAUCCGGCAGAACCGGAAAUUCCGAAGAAACCUUCCGAGUUGGUACUGCCUAAGGCGCUUGAAGAUGUGUUGGCUCUGAAGACGCUCAGGGCUAAGGAAUUGGGCGCCGAGGAAGUAUUGGCCACAACGGGAGCAGUGGUUCCCGCCCCGGGGCUUAUGCUUCCGCCUCCGCCAGCGGGAGUUAUGAGCUCGUAUUUGGACAUGGAUGGAGACUCGGAUGACGACAAUUUGGAUGGGUUGGUUCCGCCGCCUCCGGUCAUAUCGAAGGCCGAGGGACGACUAGACCGGAAUCGACGACGGAAGCAACGGAAGAAGGAGAAUAGGAAAGCCAGGAGGGAGCAGCAAGCGAUAGUUCUCCAGCAGCGGGAGAAGGACAAGGAAGGGCUAAAUGUUAAGGAUGUGGCCAACAAGGAACGCCAGGCGGAAAAGGAAAAGGAUCUGGCAGAUGAAGCGGAUGUUGAGGACCACGAUGAAGAUGAGCCGGAGAAAGAGAAUGGCAAAGAAGAGGACAAAGCUGACGCUGAAAAGGACAAGAAAGAGAAUGAUGGGGACAAAUCCUCGAAGGAUAAGGCCAAAGCCAAGGAAAGCAAGAAGGAUAAAGAGAAGAGCAGCGGAACAUUGAUCGAAGACGAGCUUGAUAACGUUGAAAUAGAAUACGUCCCGGAGAAGGUGACCAUAGCAGACCUUGCUCCGAUGUAUCGCCAGUUCUACAGAGUAUUUGAAAUCUUCAAACUGGAGACGAAACCUAAAGAGCCAACCAAGGCCGAAAUAGCGGAAAACGAGAGGGCCGCGGCCUUAAAGAAGGCCAACGAAAAAGACGACGAUGAUGAUGAUGACGAAGACGACGCCAUGGAUGACGAUCAGAAGGACGAAAAGGAGAGAAUUUCCAAACGCAAAAUGAAGAAGCUCACCCGGUUGAGUGUGGCCGAGCUGAAACAGCUAGUUGCCCGUCCGGAUGUUGUCGAAAUGCACGACGUCACAGCCCGGGAUCCAAAGCUGCUCAUCCAGCUUAAAUCCCAUCGCAAUACGGUGCAAGUCCCGCGACAUUGGUGCUUCAAAAGGAAGUACCUCCAGGGCAAGCGCGGUAUCGAGAAGCCUCCCUUCGAACUCCCAGCCUUCAUCAAGAAAACCGGCAUCAUGGAAAUGCGAGCCUCCCUCCAGGAGAAGGACGAAUCCAAAACCCUCAAAGCGAAGAUGCGCGAAAGGGCCCGACCCAAAAUGGGCAAGAUCGACAUUGAUUACCAGAAGCUGCACGACGCCUUCUUCAAGUGGCAAACAAAACCCCGAAUGACCAUCCACGGCGAUUUGUACUACGAGGGAAAGGAGUUCGAGACGCGUCUCAAAGAGAAAAAACCCGGAGAUUUAUCAGAAGAAUUGCGCGUUGCUCUCGGAAUGCCCAUUGGUCCGGCUUGUCACAAGAUUCCCCCGCCCUGGUUGAUCGCCCAGCAGCGUUACGGCCCACCGCCGAGCUAUCCGAACCUGAGGAUCCCCGGCUUGAAUGCGCCUAUUCCGGAGGGGUGCUCCUUUGGUUACCAUGCCGGAGGUUGGGGUAAACCACCGGUCGACGAGAACGGCAAACCCCUGUACGGAGAUGUGUUCGGCAUGAGUGCCAGCGAGAAUGAGAAUGGUCUCGGCGAGGAGGAAGUUGAUCGCACCCAAUGGGGCGAACUGGAAUCGGAGUCCGAAGAGUCAUCUGAAGAAGAGGAGGAGGACGGCGAGGAUCUGGGUGCUCCACCGGAUGAAAGCGGUCUGAUUACUCCGGCCGAAGGAUUGGUUACACCGUCCGGGCUGACGAGUGGCGUUCCUGCCGGCAUGGAAACCCCGGACACCAUCGAACUUCGCAAGAAGAAGAUCGAGAGCGAAAUGGAGGACAACGAGACACCUGUCCUGUACCAGGUGCUGCAGGAGAGACGUGCCGAGCGUGUCGGGGCCUCCAUGAUGGGAUCUACCCACGUGUACGAUCUGGCCGGAGCGGCUGCUGCAGCUGCGGCCGGUGGUUCCCGUGGGGCUCGUGGAGGAGCUGUCGACCGGGAAGGUAUGGUUGAGCUGGCUCUCGAUCCGUCCGAACUGGACAUGGACAACGAAGCGAUGGCCCAGCGGUAUGAACAGCAAAUGCGCGAACAGCAAAGCCACCUGCAGAAGGAAGAUCUGUCCGAUAUGUUGGCCGAGCACGUGGCCAGGCAAAAAUCCAAACGAAAACGACAGCAAACGGACACCACCAGCAAACAGACCAAGAAGUACAAGGAAUUCAAAUUCUAGGCUGGUGGCGGCGCGGCGGAACGAGAAUAUUGUGUCAAGGUACGACAUUUUUCAAAACAUUUUCAAUCACAUUUAUGUCUGUUCAACCCGAUAGGAUCAAUAAAAGCCUAUCACUUACUAUUUGGCAAAAUGGUAA